UUCAUCAUCUUCUACUCACGAUUCGGACUUCGCUGUCUUUCAUCGACCGACGAAGUUACGAUCACGGUAGAGCAAUGGCUGCGCUUAUCAAAGGAUUGAAAUUUGCUUCCCAAAUAUCCUCAAAGAACUCGGCUUUACUUGCGCUGGGUGUCCGACAAGCACACGGGUGGAAUAAAGAUUUCAAGCCGGCAAAGUUUCCCGAAACGGACAAGGAGCGGGAAGCUGCUGCACGAAAGUACGGCCUACAUCCAUCGGAAUAUCAGCCCUAUCCAAAUGAUGGUGCCGGCUUCGGAGAUUACCCGAAACUUCCCGAUACACCAGUUGAAGCACGCAAUCCUUACUAUCCAUACGAUUUCCCAGAACUGAAGAGAAAUCUACACGACACGUUACAUGUUGCCACACCAAUUUGGAGUGAAGAUCGCUAUGGCUCGGCUGAACCGCUGCGCUUCUCGAUGAAGGCGUACUGGUUAUCGUUUUUGGGUGUGAUGGCUGGUUGUUUUAUCGUUUACUUCUGGUUAGAGGACUACAAAAUGUUCCGACCGGUGCUGCAGAAACAAUAUCCCCGUGACGGUCCGCACUACACCUUCGAGGAGAAGUAAAUAUCGAUUUAAAAUGAGGACAAGCCCCAGCCAUCGAAAUUGGAUUGUUCUACAAUUUUAUUUGCAAUAGAGUAGCAACCGUGUUGGUUAUCGUAUCGUGGUGGAAAACUCAGUUGGCAGGAAAAACUGCUGUUAUGUUGAACUGUGAAAUAGAUUGGCAAAUACUAUAUAUGAUAA